GAGUUAGUGGACCUUGGCAACACUGCAGGAACGUGAACAGAACGGGUCCAAAGAUUGGUUCAAUUUACAUUUUUAUUAUAUCAUGUUUUCUUAGCUUACAGUAGUUUUCACACAAGUACGAACUGUACCUACAUGGAUUUCUUGGAACUGUGAGGCGAGUGAGUGCUUAUCUAAGGACCUGGAUAAAGAUAUAUGAAUACCAUACACCCGUCUACAGAGAACUUCAAUCAGUCCAUUUGUGAGAUAAGCUCGCCGUUCUUCGCCAUCUACACUUAAACAUUUUAAAAAUGGAAGGCGAUGAGUUACUGAAAUGUAAUGUAUGUCUAAGUGGUUUUGACAGAAACUUCCACAAGCCACUGUUACUUCCAAGUUGUGGACACACAUUCUGCAGAUUUUGUCUGGACACUCUUUACAAGCAGUCCAAGAAAUCAUGUCCAGAGUGUCGAAAACAAGAUGCAUUGGCCUCAGUUGAAUUAUUGCCAACCAACUUCAGUUUGCUUGCUUUAGCUGAGUCUAUGACACAAAGUGACCCUGACUUGUCAACAAGGCCUAAGUCACACAAAAACGACGGGUCGCCAACUAGAGACACGGAUUUCCACAGUGAAGUCUCUGAGGCACUUUCAACCACAAGACCAACAAGAGCUCCUGUUCAUCCUGUAGCAUCACCCAGAAACCUUGUGAAUCUAGGGGCCAGGCCUAGGUUAAACCACCCAGGACGGGCCUGUCAAAGCCAGUUGUCAAGGAAACACAAAGCACAGCACCCACCUCCAGCUUUUAUGCAACAGGCCACAAAUUUGAACUCACACCAGCAGGCAACGUGCGGGGAUGGACAGAAUCUGGAUCAGCCAGAUUUCUGCAAUGACGAGAAAGAAGCCGUGAGACUGCAGGAAGAGCUAGACUUUCAGAUGGCAAUACAUCUGACAUUUUGUAAGGAUGCCAAUCAUAAACAUGAUGACCCAGAUUGUUUCCCAAACUGUUGGCAGUUUCCUGCAGAUGAAGAGCUUUCUGCUGCCAUACAUCAGACCUUCUAGUUUGUUUGUGUGUUUUACUUAAACAUUGUAAACAUGGCAAUUUCAUCUUUUAUCACUACUGGUCUGAUUCCUUUCCUCAGCUGUGACUCAAUGGGUGUGUAUAAGUAACUUGUUUUUCACAUUAUUCAGUAAUACAUUUGUAACUGCAACAUCUGCUAUUAUUAUUUAGUAAUAAUUUGAAAGGAGGUGGGUAUAUCUAAGAAUUUUAUGAAUUCCUUUUUUUUCCUAGACAUAAUACUUGGUACUCAGAGUAAAAUGAUCUUGCAUUGUUAUUGUAAAAUAAAAAGUAUCUAUUUUUUUGUUUAGAAAAUCAGUUUUCCAACAAACUGAAAAUAUAAAGAUAGCUUUUUAUGUGUUCUUCUGUUGGAAAAUUCUUCUAGCAUUUUUGUGUGGGGCAGUUAGAAGUUAGAAGAAGGGGUUUUACUCUACCUACAUGGAAUAACUGCUUGCCAAUUGGUUACAAAGUUUUAAUUGUGUAUUGUAUAACUGUACAUUGUAUCUUAUAUUUGAUUGAUUAUUUUUAUGUAAUUUUAUGAAAUUUUGUGUGUAUGUUUGUUAGAGAGAGAGAGAGAGAGAGAGAGAGAGAGAGAGAGAGAGAGAGAGAGAGAGAGAGAGAGAGAGAGAGAGAGAGAGAGAGAGAGAGCUAUAUUUUGAUUACUUUGAUAUACAACAAAAUUUAAACAUUCCUCUCUAGGUAUCAUUGAUUAUUCAGGAUUUUCCUUGCAAGAUGGAAUACGUCAGUGUAAGUCCUUUUUUCUGCCUUAUGCUUAUUUUUUCACUAAGAUUUGAUUCACUUGGGUCUUCAAUUAUGCCUCACAUGUGUUUUGAUGAAAAUUCUUGCUAAACUGUGUGGCAUUCCAGGUUAUCCAAAAUUGCAUACUAAGAGAAUUGUUUACCAUAGAACUCAUUCUAAAUUUGUAUUCAUGUGAGAAUCACUAUUUUGAAUAUGUACUUGAUUAAACUGAAUUUGUCUUC